AUUAGGCCAUAGUUUGAGUGAUUGUGUCAUUAAUUGUGAACUGAAUUGCCAUUCAUUUGAAAGACUGAACGCUUGGAUGUGUUGCGAGUGCUGACCAAUUGGUGGUGACGUGUGUUAUGUGGGACUCAGGUAUGUGUGGUGUGGAGAGCGAAGACAUGGACUUCUUGUACGGCGAUUGCGACGGUCUGUGCGAUGAGAUGUCGGAACUCUAUUCAUAUACCGAAGAGAUUGAGUUCGUGGCCAACAAAAGCACUUUCGAGGAACUCAUGGAAGACAUGGGUUUUCCGUUGAAGUGGACGCACAUGUCUUCGGAUCAGAGGACGCGAGCCAUUGAGCGGCUGUCGGAAGGGCUCGAAGUGUGCGAUAGGAGUCGUCGGAUGCGAUGGGUUCGGGCCGUCCUAUACCUAAUUCAGGGCAACUUCGGUGAGUGUGUGGCUCUCGAGGAUCAGCCCAAGUAUUGUCGCCACAAUGUGUUCCGGUUGUAUGACUCGGGAAUGUUCGCCACUUUCGUGCAAUUGCUUUAUAUGGAGAUCGAGUCCACUCUGGCCUCACUCAAGAAGCCGGCCGUCUGUUUGGGCGACUCUCUCGACAUGAGAAUCAUUUUAUCGGUUUUGUAUACAUUCGUUGCGGUCAUGAAUGUGUCCGAAGACACCGAUACUGACCAACAAAAAGAGCUGCGAAUACAGUUUGUCGAAGAGUUGUCGCAACCGAAUGGCAACGAACUGUUGGCCAUAACUCUGUUCCAAAUGAUCACAAAGUUCUGCAACUCGACGGCCGCCACCUCUGCCUCUGCCUCUCAUUUCCCGAUCAAAAAAGUGUUGCUAUUGUUGUGGAAAACAUUGCUCUUAACGCUGGGAGGGAUCGACAAACUGAAGGCAACCAAGAAUUUGUAUCGAAUGAGAUGUGGUUUGAAUCCAGUUCUGGACGACACUCUCGAAGUGACCCGUACUAUGCGAGCGGCCUCUCCUCCCGCCAGCGCUACGGAUCUGAUCGAAGCUCAACAGCAGAGGAAAAUGAAUCGUCCGUUUAAGAGGCAAACUGUUAUCAAACAGAGUUCAAUGGUUGGCGACGAAUCCGUCUCCUAUCAGGACUUCGACGCCAACAAUGAGUCCAACGACGAAGAGAUGAUAUCUGACGAGAGGGUCAAUUCGUAUAACAAUGGAUUAAAUAAUGAAAAGAAUGGCACGAAUGGCGUUGCGAUGGAUGGGGAGAGGGAUGAGAGGAAUAGUUCAGAAAACGACGAGAAGAUAGAUCUGGAGGCGCGUCCCGGCUCUCCGCGGCCUAAAACGGCGCCCAAUACUCGUUAUACGGACUUUAAUGCCGACGAAUUCAAUGAGAGUCGACCGCCAAACGAGAGCGUCGUUUCUGGCAAUGAAAUGAACGAAAUGAUGACAGACUUGCCUCAACUCAAUAAAGGUCUUCCAUGGGUUCCCAAAGUGAGGCAAACAGAUAUCGACACGUUUUUAGAUCACACGAGACUCAAGUUUGUGGGAUAUGUUCUGCCGAACGACAGGACAACGACCGCAGGACUGCCCGAACCCAUACUCGAAGGCAUAGCAAUACUCGAGCGACACAUUUAUGUCUCGCUAUCGGAGGCGCAGAUGAAACGAGAGGAAGAGCUGAAUAAAUACCCGCUGACUGUCAAUGAAUUGGACGAAUUGCCGCUCAAUUCUUCGGCAGAGGUUUUAUAUCAGGCAAUGCUUCCGAGUUUACCUCAAUAUAUGAUAGCAUUGCUUAAGAUUCUGUUGGCAGCGGCGCCCACUUCGAAGACAAAACCCGAUUCGCCGAAUAUUAUGUCCGACGUGUUGCCGGAGGAGAUGCCGAUGACUGUACUCCAGUCCAUGAAGUUAGGCAUUGAUGUGAAUCGACACAAAGAAAUUAUUAUCAAAUCGGUUUCGGCGAUACUAUUAUUGCUGUUAAAACACUAUAAACUCAAUCACAUCUAUCAGUUUGAAUACAUUAGCCAACAGUUAAUGUUUGCCAAUUGUAUUCCUCUGGUGCUGAAGUUCUUCAACCAAAACAUUUCCGGCUAUAUAUCGGCCAAAAACACCAUUUCUGUCAUCGACUUUCCCGCCUGUGUUAUCGGCGAACAGCCGGAGCUCACGGCCGACACACUCGAGUUCGGCGAAACGCAGGCCUAUUGUUGGAGAAAUAUGUUUAGUUGUAUUAAUUUGCUCCGUAUUCUCAACAAACUAACCAAAUGGAAACACUCGCGUAUAAUGAUGUUAGUGGUGUUCAAGUCGGCCCCUAUACUCAAACGGGCGCUCAAAGUACGCCACGCUAUGCUUCAGUUGUAUGUCUUAAAACUACUCAAAAUGCAGGCCAAGUAUUUGGGCCGUCAGUGGCGUAAGUCUAACAUGAAGACCAUGAGUGCUAUCUAUCAGAAAGUUAGACAUCGGCUGAACGACGACUGGGCCUAUGGUAACGACUUGGACGCCCGUCCCUGGGAUUUCCAGGCCGAGGAGUUUACUCUUCAGGCAAACAUUAAUCGGUUUCAUAACCGGCGAUAUGAGAAACAGUGCACAACAGGUGUUUCUCAGCCGCAACUGCUCUCCAAUUCAUCGGUCGCUUCGAAUCAAAACGCGUCGAAUUCAAUGUCUAUGGACGCCAUGUGUUUAGAUAUCACACAACCCGUUGACAACAAUUUCCUAUCAAUUCUUAGUCGAGACAUAGAAUUGACGAAAGAAUUCAAAUAUAAUUACGAGACAUGGCUUGAGAGGGAAGUGUUUCAAUUCACUGUCGAUUGGGAUCAGCUCUUGUCCGCAACCAAUACUGUCAGCAUGUAAUCAAUACAAACCAUCACUCAUUUAGAAUACAUUAUUUUAUUCAAUAUUUAUUUAUAACCAUUUUUAUAAUUUCUAUACCGUAAUUAUAAUUAAUUGCUGUCUUAUUUGUGUAAUAAUAUUUAAUUUAAAGGAGUGUACUCUAUAUGUGUCUGUAAUUAAUGCCAUUUUGCAAACUUUGAGAAUAAGAUAAAAUAUCAAUAAAUAACACAAAGUUUAAUC